AUGCUUACAUCAUCCUCUUCGAACCUUCUUAUUUCGAUGCCUUCAUCACACUGUGACUUCUUGAAACCCUUCUACUUCCAAAACUUCAAGAACAUGAUGUUCCCCGACUUCCUGACAUCUUCUGUUCAUACCACAAGGUCUUCUGAAUUUGCUGACGAUUUUGGAUUUUUUGAUUCUUCCGAAACCCGCCACUACAUUCACGAGAUAAGCCAGGAAAUCGGCACCAAGUUGGCUGCAAUGUGCGAUGACUUCGAUGCCAAAAUGAUGUCAUACUCUAAAAGUGGAUGUACCUCCAGAAGUCUUCUCGGACGCUUCUUCGACUUCUUUGCCUUCUGA